AAGCAGGGCCUCCCGUGCCCAACUCCAAGCAAGCGAGCACAGCUCAAAGACUCAUACACGUAGCACUGAAGACUUGUACAUCAACAACAUUGUUCUUCUGAGUUGGUGGUGAAGAUCAAGGUCGGGUGGGCUUGAUGGAGCAGGUGACGAAGCUGGCGGGGCAGCGGGCGGUGGUGAUCUUCAGCAUGAGCUCCUGCUGCAUGUGCCACACGGUGGCGCGCCUCUUCCGGGAUCUCGGGGCGAACCCGGCGGAGGUGGAUCUGGACGAGGACCCUAGGGGGAAGGAGAUGGAGAAGGCGCUGGCGAGGCUCCUCGGCCGGAACCCGGCCGUGCCGGCGGUGUUCAUCGGCGGCAGGCUCGUCGGAUCCACCGACAAGGUCAUGUCCCUUCACCUCAGCGGCAAGCUUGUCCCGCUGCUUCGAAACGCAGGUGCUGUCUGGGUCUAGUGCGCUGUGCGCGGGAGAUGUGGUUUUGUAGAUGCCUGAUGCAGUGGACACUAGCUAGUAGAGAAUAAUGUAAUACACGUAUGCCUACGUGUUCUGUUUUCUCUACCAGGUGAUUAUCAAAGAUAAAAAAGGAAACCAUGCAGGUCUUCUUUUAGUA